UGUAAAAUUCAUCAAACAAAAAAUUAAGGCUGCCCAAAGCGAGAGAAAUAGAUUAUCAAUGCUUCUUGCAGAAUAUACUAAUGACAUCGUAGCUAGUCAAAGUGAUCGUGCAGUCAAAUCACGUAAAGAUUCGCUUUGGUCCUUGGUUACAAAAUUAUUAUCUGCCUUUAACCAUUCAAAUCCUGCUACGUACUAUUUAUUUGAAGAUGCACCAGAAAUAAGUGAAAAUGGUAUUAAAAAUAUUCUUUCUUUUUACGAAAUGGGUAAAUUACGAUUUCAAAAAGUACUUGACCAAGAUGUAUACAAAAUUGAGCCCCGAGUAGCUUCUGGACGUCAUGCAGCGGAUGUAAGUAUCCACACUUAUACUCAACUUGAAAAUGUUAAAAAACAAAAGAGUAAAUCAGGCAACGUUGUUCAAGAAUCAACUAUCCAACAGAACACAUUGGCUCUAUUAUCUGAAAUUAGCCUCCCAAAACAGACACGUCGUAUUACUACAGAGGCGGAAAAAACUAUACUUGCUCAAUUAUUUGAUUAUGAAGAAAACUUGCCUGAAACUGCAGUUACAAAGGUUUUUUGGGAACUUCAACCUGUUUCUUUAGACUGGACGACUGAGAGAAUUAAGAUGUAUUAG